AUGCUGCCAGUGGUCUGGACGGAAGGGUCUGGGGAGGUGCUCCAGGCGCCUGCGUUUGGUGUUGACAGAUGGGGGCAGGGGCUGAGGCCGGAAGGCAGGUCCACUCCCCCAGCCUGGGUGGCCCUCCUCUUGCUAGAUACUCUUCUCUCAGUUGAUCCCGGAAAGUUCCACCCUCUAAACUGGAGUUUCAACCAGGAGACGCCGCCCGCUGCGGCCGGAAGGGAAACGGGGGGGGGGGGGGUGGUGUUGAGGGGUGCCAGCAAUGUUGGGACAUCCCCCGGCUCCGAUCCCUCCCGCUGCCCAGGACCCUCAGCUGUUGGGCGGGGGCAGGAGCCGAGCUGUCCGGCCCGGUCAGGCCGCUGGGACGUGCUAAUCCGGCCAAAGGCUAUUUUUGCGGCGCGCCGGUCCGGGAGGAAUCCAGCGAGGCUGGGCCGCCUCCGCGGGCUGCUGGGGAACUCCAGGAGGAAAGUCUGCGCUGGCCGGGUGGGGACUCGCCGCAGUUCGUACCCCGGAUCCUGGCCCGGACCCCAGGCCCAGUCCCAGACCCCCGAUCUCCGACCCCGGGCCCAGGAUUCUGAAUCUUGGAUCUCGGACCCGGCCCAGCCCUCUGCGCUCGGAGCCACCUCGGGACCGCGCGGGGCGGAGGACCGGCCCCGCGCGGAGAGGGUGCAGCCCCGGAUCCCGCUCGGCCGCCCGCCCCGCAGAGUCUCGCCGCACACUCACCGCCGCCGCCGGGGGUCUUGGAUCCUGGGAGGGGCCGCCGCCGGCCGGGAGGGCGCCCGCGCCGAGUCCCCGCCCGCGCUCCCGUCCGCCCGCCCGGGAAUGCCAUGGAGCGAGGGGCGUGCGCGCCGGGGGCGGGCCCGGCCGGAGGGGGCGGCCUCGCUGACUCAAGAUUCAGGAAUGCGGGAGGGCGCACCCCCCAACCCCUGUCACCACCUCGAAGAAGGCUGCCGGCCUGCAGUGGAGGGACCCACAGGUCCACCUGUAGCUGGGGCGGGGAUCACCUGGGAGGAAAGACUGGCCUGUGAACACAGGUACGAGAAGAGGGUUCGAGGUGGCCAACAUCCUCGACAGAGGAGUCAGCGGGCCGCCCACGCCCUCCCUCCAGACUGCGCAGGCGCAGGCCUCAUCCUCGACAAGGCGGCACUUCCGGGCUUGAGGUCGUGGCAGGACGUCUACCGGUGUGUGUUUAGGGGACCGUUCAGGAGUGGGCUCCCCCCUUGGAUUGCCACCCGCCCGAGCCACCUGAUGCCCGCGCGUGGUGGUGCCCAGCUUUUUCGCAAGAUCAGGCAAAAGAAGCAGCGGCUGAUGGCAGCUCAGAGGAGCCAGAGCCCAUCCAAGGAGGCAGGGACACUUCUCCACAAGAAGACCCACCUGGGGUCACCAGCCACUGUGGGCCCCCAGCGCAGCAUCUACUUCUUGAGUCCACAAGAGUUCCCUGCCCGACUGGGACCUGAGUUUUUCGACCAGCCGGGGAUCACUCUGGCACAGGCAUUCCUGGGACAGGUACUGGUGAGGCGGCUGGACGAUGGCACAGAGCUGCGAGGCCGCAUCGUGGAGACUGAGGCGUACCUGGGCCCUGAGGACGAGGCAGCUCACUCAAGAGGUGGCCGGCAGACAACCCGGAACCGUGGAAUGUUCAUGAAGCCAGGCACCCUGUACGUGUACAUCAUCUAUGGCAUGUACUUCUGCCUCAAUGUCUCCAGUCAGGGAGAGGGGGCAUGUGUCCUGCUUCGAGCACUGGAGCCCCUUGGGGGUCUGGAGAGCAUGCGACAGCUGAGAACCACCCUAGGGAAAGGCACCUCUGGCCGGGCCCUCAAGGAUCGGGAGCUCUGCAAUGGACCCUCCAAGCUGUGCCAGGCGCUGGCCAUCGACAAGACCUUCGACCAGCGGGACCUGGCCACGGACGGGGCAGUGUGGAUGGAGCACGGCCCCCCGGGACCUGAGCCAGCUGUGGUGGCUGCAGCCCGGGUGGGCAUUGGCCGUGCAGGAGAAUGGACCCAGAAGCCCCUGCGUUUCUACAUGCGGGGCAGCCCCUUUGUCAGCGUGGUGGACAAGACAGCUGAGCAGAUGCAGACAUGA